CGCAUGCGUAUUGUUGUGCUCUUUGAGCAUGCGCAGAUUCUUUUUCCCACACGCAGGUCUAAUACCGGCUGUUGUAGCGAGAGGCCGAAACCCGGGAACAGCAGCGGAGUGACAGCCGGGGAGCCGACACAUAACGGAACACCGCCGCCUCGGGCUUAUUCAUUACAGUGGAACGUGAGGAGCCGAGCCAGGUAUCUGACUCACCUUAGGGCUCUGGUGCUUUCAAACGGGGAUCCCAAUUUUUGUCUGACUCAUGAUACAAAAAAGGAUCUGUAAAGCUAUUGGCACACAGGCUGAAGGCUCUGCAUCAGAUGAAUGAGGGCUGGUGCUCUGGCUAAAGGAGGAAGGUGUUUUGUUGGCCAGCAGGGGGUGUUACAUGGAGAUUAAUGAAUCAUGACGAGCUCAGGAAAAGAGAACUCUCGGCUAAAGAGCUACAAGAACAAGUCUCUAAACACCGACGAGAUGCGACGACGGAGGGAAGAGGAGGGACUGCAGCUGCGCAAACAGAAACGAGAAGAACAGCUCUUUAAGCGCAGAAAUGUUGCCUGUGCCGAGGAAGCAACAGAAGAAGAGGGAAUGUCAGAUGGCAACUUCCACGAGGCACAGAUCAACAAUAUGGAAAUGGCUUCUAGUGCCGCUAUUUCUGCAGACAUGAUAGAGAUGAUUUUCUCCAACAAUCCAGAGCAGCAGCUUGCAGCAACACAGAAGUUCAGAAAACUUCUGUCAAAAGAACCUAACCCUCCCAUUGAUGAGGUUACCGGGACUCAGGGGGUGGUGGCAAGAUUCGUGGAGUUCCUGAAGAGGAAAGAGAACUGUACAUUACAGUUUGAAGCAGCGUGGGUGCUCACUAACAUUGCGUCUGGGAACUCCAUACAGACCCGCAUUGUGAUCCAGUCAGGAGCUGUGCCCAUCUUUAUAGAGCUGCUCAGCUCAGAGUUCGAAGAUGUGCAGGAGCAGGCAGUCUGGGCUCUAGGAAACAUUGCUGGAGACAGUACCGUGUGCCGGGAUUAUGUGCUGGACUGUAAUAUUCUGCCUCCACUUUUACAAUUACUGUCUAAGCAGAACCGUCUCACAAUGACCCGAAACGCUGUGUGGGCCCUGUCUAACCUUUGUAGAGGGAAGAACCCACCUCCUGAAUUCGCCAAGGUUUCUCCAUGCCUCACUGUCCUGUCCUGGCUUCUCUUUGUCAACGACACUGAUGUUCUUGCGGAUGCCUGCUGGGCACUGUCGUACCUAUCCGAUGGGCCGAAUGAUAAGAUCCAAGCAGUUAUUGAUGCAGGCGUGUGUAGAAGACUAGUGGAACUACUAAUGCACACUGAUUACAAAGUGGUGUCUCCUUCCCUGAGAGCUGUUGGAAACAUCGUGACUGGAGAUGACAUCCAGACUCAAGUCAUUCUAAAUUGCUCAGCCCUACAAAGUUUGCUGCAUCUGUUGAGUAGUCCCAAGGAAUCUAUAAAGAAGGAGGCCUGUUGGACGAUAUCAAACAUCACAGCUGGAAAUAGAGUUCAGAUACAGACCGUGAUCGAGGCAGAUAUCUUCCCAGCUCUGAUAAACAUUCUACAGACAGCGGAAUUUAGAACAAGAAAAGAGUCUGCAUGGGCUAUCACAAAUGCAACAUCCGGCGGCUCCAUAGAACAGAUCAGGUACCUGGUUGAUUUAGGUUGCAUCAAACCUCUUUGUGACCUCCUGACUUGCAUGGAUUCCAAGAUUGUACAAGUGGCUCUGAACGGCUUAGAGAAUAUACUGAGGCUGGGAGAGCAGGAGGCCAAGCGGGCCAAUGGGACGGGCAUUAACCCUUACUGCGCGCUUAUUGAAGAAGCAUAUGGACUGGACAAGAUUGAGUUCUUACAGAGCCAUGAGAAUCAGGAGAUCUACCAGAAGGCGUUUGACCUGAUCGAGCACUAUUUCGGCACUGAGGAUGAGGACAGCAACAUCGCCCCACAGGUGGACCUCAACCAGCAGCAGUUCAUCUUCCAGCAACGAGAAGCUCCCAUGGAGGGUUUCCAGCUCUAACAACCCCCGGCUGGGCUUAGCAUGCCCCAGUGCGAGUGCCCCCAAAUCACUCGCUCCCACCCUACCCUACAUUUCUCUAUUUAUUCAGCCACCUUUUAUUUUUCCAUUUUCUUCCUGCCUCUCUGUUCUUCCUUCACCCUUGUUUUUAAUUCUUUCUUUUAAAUUCCACUUUUCCCAACCAAUGAUUAUGUUGUUGCUACGCGAUACACCCAGCCGGAUCAUAAUAACUGAGGUGCCUCCACUACAGUUUUGGUGCCGGCCCUCCUGCUGUGCUUUUUACAUAUCUUCAUUUCAUAUGAGUAUGUCCUUAGAAGUAUACAGGACCUCCAUUCUCAUGGACAGAAACAUGUCUGUUGAGAAGGACGGAAAGAAUGGACGAGACUUUAACACUGACACAAGAAUAUCACUGUCCCGAGGCCACUACAACGUGUGACUAGCAGGACUGCUUGAUAUCUGCUUGCCCUUAGUUUAAUGGGGAACCGGCAUUAAUAUUUAGCUAAAAACAGCAAAAAAGAAAACUACCAAUAAUAAGCUAAGUGUUCGGCUGCACCUCAAGCCUUCCAGGGGCCAAUCCGAUUGGUGAACACUGCCCAUCUCAUGCCAGGAAAGGAAUGUCCAGCUAUGCCGACACCCCUCCGGGCUUUUUAUUUUUUUAAUGUAAUUUUAAAUUCAGAAUAUUGUUGUCUCUCUGCUGUCGGACCCCGCGAGACGUUGGACCGCUGUAUCUUUAAUCCCAGAGACACGCGACGGACAUUGGAUUCCUGGUCAGGACUUUUCUAGUGACUCUUUCAAUUAAAAAAUGAUAAAAACAAAAAAAAAUCUCCUCCUGCUCCGCCCCUUUCCCACUAACCCCCCCCCCCUAUUUCCACAUAAUGUGAUUGGACUGGAUCUUUGUAGAAGACGGAACCCGUUUGGACGACCCGGAUUCGCUACUCAAGCCUCUCCUUCCUCCCUCGAUCGCUCUCUGGUUUACAAAGUAACCCAACGUAGGUUAGAUUAUAUAUAUUUUUUUAUUUACGUUACUUCAGCAAGUUGUUUUUGCUGUGUAAAUUAUUACAUUAUUUUUUAAUGUAGACAUUUUCUAUAUCCCCCCCCACGCCCAGCUCAAGGGCCGUAGGAGCGUGACCCUGAAGGAAUUAUCCCACACCCUGUUUUUUUCCGUUUUAUUUGAAAAUCUUGGUCGCAGGCGGGGGUUGCCAUGGGAGCAUGGCUCUCUCAUGCCCCGCCCCUCCACAAAUUUCCAAUUGGGGUCCUCUUCUUGCUUUCAACUGUGUCAAUCUGCUGACAGGUGAGUUGCACAUGCCUCCCAGAAUAUAUGUGUGACUCUUAUUACCAUUAAAGCACAACUUGUAGAGAGAGAUUUUAGUUUUGGCCUCUAGCCCAUUGCAGUAAGAACGCUGCUCGUCCUUGUGUAGCUCCUCCCUCUGGUUCUGACACACUGGUAUUGUCUGACAAUAGUAUUACCCAACUCCGUGCUAGAAAAUGUAUUAAAGGCACCCAAGCACCCCAUUAUCACGCACAAUAUGUCCCCUUCGUUGAGUGUCUGUACUUAAUGGAUGUCACAAUGGGCACAGCAUGCAGCCUAACUUACUGUGACAUCCAUUUGCACUCAAGUGUUUUCAUUUGACCAUUAUUAGGGAUGCACCGAAUCCAGGAUUCUGCCUUUUUCAGGAUUUGGAUCUGGGUGAAUCCGAAUUUGCAUAUGCAAAUUAGGGAAGGGAACUCUCGUGACUUUUUGUCGCAAAACAAAGAAGUAAAAAAUGUUUUCCCCUUCCCAGCCCUAAUUUGCAUAUUCGGUUCAGGAUUCGCCGAAUCUUUCGCAAGAGGAUUCGGGGGUUCGGCCGAAUCCAAAAUAGUGGAUUUUGUGCUUCCCUAGUAAUUAUGUAGAACUGAUACUUUGGGCAGUCCCUAUGAUAUUUAGGUAGUUGCCUAUUAGUUGAAGCAUUUCUGCUCAUUGCACAGUAUUUUAACCCCGUGUUGCCUGUGCAACACUGAUAGUUGUGAACACUAGAAGCCAAAAUAUGGUUCCAUGGUUUUGUUUCUGAUUUACCCUUUAUACCCUGACAAACUAAACCACUUUAAUGUGAUAGCAAUAAGGCACCGGGGUGCAGGUCACACGCAAUUUCCCAGCAGCCACCAGUACAACCAUCCAUACACUCACUCGCUAAGUCCGAUUGGUUGUUUUCCCAUAUCCAGCCAAGGAAUCUGUGCUUCUGAUUUAUUUGGGGUUCAUUUGUGCCACAGACUUUUUCUUGCAUUUUGGGAGCACCCGUGACGUACAACCUUCCAUGUAUUUUGUAAUGAACCUGCUACACUUGAGAAUCCGCCUGUAUCAGGAGCCAAACGUACAGGCCGAGCAGUUGUGAUGGGCAGAGGGGGGCGCUAGAGAGCCCUGAAUUCUGCACUACGGGGAGGACUAAGGAAAAUUCAGACAAGAACAGAACUUUUCCUUGACUGCACUUUUAAACUCUUGGACUGUGCCCACUUCCUUGCAGUGGGUUUGUUUUUUUUGUUUUGUUUGGGACAGAUGUUCUGUUGGACAUAAAAAUCUCCAAAGUUACACGCUAAA